CGAUUUCACUAGAACAUUGUUUUGAAUUUUCAUUUCCAAUAACAUUUUGCGGUGCGUUGACAAUAACAUUUACGAAGUACAAAUUAAAGUGAAAAAAUCACCAAUUUGCUGAAUAUUUACGUGAAAUAAUUGGUGGGAACCGAGUGAACAAUCAUUUAACUAUUUGAUUCGAACAGAAUUGACUGAAAUCAGUGUUAAAUUUGAGAAAAUCAGAUUCAGAUUCUGAAGGAACACAAAAACAUCUUUUGUAUUCAAACACCUGUGGAAUAGACACACAUAGAAUGUACGCGAUUCUAUAUUUUCAUUUAAAGCCAUCAUCUAAGCACAAAGAAUUGAAAAUAAAGAAGAGAAAAUAAAUCGUUGCACUCAUUAAAGGGAAUGUCAUACCAAGGCGGCUAUUACCCAGAUCCAAAUAAUCCGAAUCAAGGAUAUGGAGGUCAACCGGGAUAUCCACCGUCUGGUUAUCCACAACCAGGCUAUCCGCAAGGAGGAUAUCCUCAAGGUGGCUUUCCACCACAACAAGGCUAUCCACCACAGCCAGGCUAUCCACAACCUGGAUAUCCAGAUUCGGGAUAUCCACAGCCCGGAUUUCAACAACCAGGAUACCCACAACCAGGUGGAUUUCAGCAGCCUGGAUUUGUACCAACAGUUCCGCAUGCUGGACCAGUAUACGAUCCCGAAGAUCCCGAAGUGAAAGGAUUUGAUUUUACAGACCAGAGCAUACGGAAAGCUUUCAUUCGAAAAGUCUACUCAAUUUUGAUGGUUCAACUUGCUAUCACAUUCGGCAUAAUGACAUUGUUCGUGUUCCAUGAUGGUACAAAACUUUGGGUAAGGCGACAUCCAGAAAUGAUGUGGGUAGCAUUCGGUGUUAUGCUCGUGACCAUGAUAUCGAUGGCAUGCUGUACGAAUGUCAGACGCAAGAUGCCGAUGAAUUUCAUAUUUUUGUUUCUGUUCACACUUGCUCAGAGCUUUCUGUUGGGUACCAUAUCAGCCAGAUACAACAUAUAUGAGCUUUUAAUGGCCAUCGGUAUAACAGCGGCAAUUUGUUUAGCGUUGACAUUGUUCGCGUUCCAGACGAAAUGGGAUUUCACGGUUAUGGGCGGUGUUCUCUUCGUCGCUGUGAUUGUAUUGAUGAUAUUUGGCAUUGUGGCGAUUUUCGUUCCUGGUAAAACAAUUACGCUGAUUUAUGCAUCGUUGGGAGCGCUGAUCUUCAGUUUCUACUUGAUCUAUGAUACUCAAAUGAUGAUGGGCGGCAAGCAUCAGUAUUCAAUUAGUCCCGAGGAGUACAUUUUCGCUGCACUAAAUCUGUAUUUGGACAUCGUUCAAAUCUUUAUGUACGUUCUGAUGAUAAUUGGCGCAACUCGGGAUUAAGUCUAUCGGAUUAUGAUCGGACCGAAGUGUGGACGGGACGUAACCAAUUCUGAAUGUUCCGUUGAUUGGCGAUUGAUUGUAAAUAAUUUUUGUUUUUACGUUUGAAACAUAUACAAAUUUUACGGUAAAAAAGAUUAGAUUUUCUACGACAAGUGUUAAACAUCGAUGGGCAAUGUAGGUGUAGUUCCUUCUAAGUGACAUUAUAAUUAUUGCUCGACACUAAAACAUUCCUUCUAUGUAAUCGAAAAUUUUAAAGUUAAACGAAAAUUAAAAAUUCUAAAAAAUAAAAUUUCCUAUACGAUGCUUUUCAGAGAAUAGAAACUUAUCGCCGCUUCAUAAACUUAUAUCAUAUCGAAAAUUAAACCAAAUAUUUUAACGAGAAAAUUGAAUGUGUAUAGUAAAGCAGUUAAGCUGGGAGGAGAUAAAUAUCGUUAAGUUAUGUGUUAAUUCUAUCUGAAUGUGUUUUAUGUAAUUUAUUGUUUUAAAUUUAAUAGAAAUUGUUUAAGAAACUCCCA